GUGGUCUGCUCCGCAUGGAUGCCAUGUUGGAUGCACGCAGCUCUGCAGCAGCUUGCAGAGUUUCCCAAUGAAAGUUGUGCGUUUAUCCUCCUUAUAGACACGCACUAAGUACUUAUUGUUAUAUUUAACACCUAAACAGGUCAUUUAAGCUUCUAUUUUAAUAAAAAGCACGCUUGGAAACCGUCCAAAACCGGCUCCUGGUCCUCCUCCGCCCUGCAGAAACGGGAGUCGCACUCAGCGGAGAUGAUCCGGCUGCAGGCCACAUGGAUUUUCUGUAAUUAAUAGUGUUUGCUUGGUCCGUUUGGAUUGUGCAUCCUUUUUUAGGGGCUUUACUUGUAGUAUUUGGAGCCAUGAAUAGCCACCUGCAGCCCCGCAGGUCUCCCAGCAUCGGCUCCAUCCUGCUGACCCCGCAGGAGAACGACUGUCUGUUCGGAUACCUGGGCAGAAAAUGCGCCACUCUGUGUUCGGCGGUGGUCCAGGUGUACGGCUCAGACCGGAGCUGCUGCUGGGUGAAGCGGUGCUGUGGAGUGGCCUGUCUGGUGAAAGACAACCCGCAGAGGUCCUACUUCAUCAGAGUGUUCGACAUCAAGGAAGGGAAAACCAUGUUCGAGCAGGAACUGUACCACAACUUCUCCAUCAGCAGCUCCAGAUCCUACUUCAUCUCAUUUACAGGAGAUACUUGUCAGAUCGGUCUGAACUUCGCCAGCGAGGAAGAGGCCAAAAGAUUCAGAGCCGCCAUCAACGACCUGCUCAACCGACGGCAACGCAAGACCGAGAAGAGAGGUGACCCUAAAAAUGGUCCAGCUCUGCACAUUGCCACGGUGGACAUCAAGAACCCGGAGAUCAAUUCGAUCAAUCGAUUCCACAACUCCCACAGCCACCAGCAGCAGCAGCAGCAGCAGCCACCCUACCACCUCAACAACAUGCUGAGUCACAGCGGGCUGAACAGGAAGGACAAGAAGAGCAAAGGCAAGAAGAAGAAGCUGACCAAGGCCGACAUCGGCACGCCCAGCAACUUCCAGCACAUCGGUCACGUGGGCUGGGAUCCAAACACAGGUUUUGAUCUGAACAACCUGGACCCCGAGCUGAAGAACCUGUUCGACAUGUGCGGCAUCUCCGAGGCUCAGCUGAAGGACCGAGAGACGUCCAAGGUCAUCUACGACUUCAUCGAGAAGAAGGGCGGCGUGGAGGCCGUCAAGAACGAGCUGAGGAGGCAGGCUCCCCCUCCACCUCCUUCUCGUGGCGGCCAUCCUCCUCCACCUCCUCCGCCACCGCACAACUCGGCCGCGCCCCCUCUUCCUCCUCCUCCCCCGUCCAGAGGCGGCCGUGGAGCCCCGCCUCCCCCUCCUCCGUCCAGAGCCCCCGCCUCAGCUCCUCCCCCUCCGCCUCCCUCCAGACCGGGAACUCUGGGUGCCCCGCCUCCUCCGCCUCCUCCCACCAGGGGAGGUCACCAGCCCACUCCUCCUCCUCCCCCAUCAUCACCUCCACCACCACCACCACAACCACCACCAGCCUUCCCCUCCUCCUCCUCCGCCUCCCCUGCACUCCUCCAUCACCCCACAAGCCCCACCCCCUCCACCUCCCCCGGGUCGGCACAUCAGUCUCCAGUAGGCUCCGCCCCCGCACCACCUCCCCCGCCUCCUCCCCCACCUCCACCUCCCGGCCCCCCGCCGCCUCCAGAGCUGGACGGCGGAGGAGACUCUCCUCAUUCGCCGAGCCCCGGCGGGAAGUCGCUGCUGCUGGAGCAGAUCAGAGGAGGAGCUCAGCUGAAGAAGGUGGAGCAGAACAACAAAGCGCCGGCCUCCGGCGUGGGACGGGACGCCCUGCUGGACCAGAUCCGACAGGGGAUCCAGCUCAAGACCGUGCCGGAUCUUCCAGAGUCCGGACCGCCGGCGUCCGCUCCCACGGCGGGCAUCGUCGGCGCUCUCAUGGAAGUCAUGCAGAAGAGGAGCAAAGCCAUCCAUUCCUCAGACGAAGACGAGGAUGACGACGAAGACGAGGACUUCGAAGACGAUGACGAGUGGGACGACUAGUGAAGACGUCGUCCCACUCCCCCCCCCCUCUGCACCUACCGUUGACACUAAAAAUAUCCUCUAAAAACUUCCAGCAUCCGACUAAAAUUGCAAUGUAAAUGUUGUAUGAAUUGGCUGUAUAUUUAUUUUUGCCUUGUGGCUUCUUUUUUCUUUUUUUUUUAUGAUUUAUUCUAAUUAAUCCGUGCAAUACCUCAUUUGUUAAAAUCUGUAAAUGUUCAUCACACAUCCUCAUCGUUGACAACGCUCUCAUCCUGUCAUUAGAAAGCACUUAACGCCGCCAUCAGCACAAUGUGGAGACGCAGCCGGGCUCCAUUUCAUUAUGGAGAAUAUAUAAAACACUAGGAGGAUGAACGGGAGUCUUAUGGGGGGAAAAUAUUGUUUUGUGUUCUUUUCUCGUUUUCAUUCCUCGUCAAAGAAAUGGAAACGUAAAAACACGUGCGACCAAACAGGCAGGAUCCUCUUUGUGUUUGACAGCGGUCGGUUUAAAAAAAAAAAAAAAAACGCCAGAUAACACUAUUUUCUUAUUGCCGUUCUUCUUUUCGUACCUCCGAGUUUCCUAAUAAAUUGUAGUUUAGUCGUGUUAUUUUUUCAUGAACCCUUCUUUUUGACCAAAAUGCGGCGGCUCGGUCGCCUCGCGUGGAUUUUCAUUAAUUCUUUUUUAUGAAGUUAAAAGCUGUUUAUUUGCACACAGUUUAUACGAUAGUUCAGUUUUGUGUUUUUCAGGUGUGCGUUUGUCGGGUAUAUUUUGUCGUUUCAAGCAGGUCACACUGACGAAGGACACUUAAAAAGAAAAAGAAAGGUUUCGCAAUAUGUAGACCUUUUAAAAAAAAAAAACGAUGUUUCACACAAAAACCUGUCUACACACAAACACUGUGACAUUUGUGAAAUGAUAGACGUUUUGUUCUAAAUGUCUGGUUGGUUUUGUUGUGACAUCAUUCCGUUAUUUUUCUUGCAGGAGGAGAAAACAUCAAACGGCGUGCAAAAGAACUUAAAAAAAGAUAAACACUAUAAUUCAUCCUCUUCCAGUUAAAAAAAACACUAUAAUUUUAUGCAACGCGACUGUAAAUGCCUUGUCAUGGAGAAUAGUACUUUUUUUUUUUUUUUUUUUUUUUAAAGCAAAUAAUAAAUAAACCAAAUGUGGCAUUUGCAAGCAGCUCGUGGGUUUGGCGACGCCUGUGAAAAAGAAAAAUAACCCGCCGCUCGUUUUAACUGUUCGUGUUAAGAGUUUUUAACCGUCCUCCAGCGAGGCUUUAAUGCUGCAUCGAGAAGCCGAGAUACUGAACCUGUGAAAAGGGUUGGGAGGGGUGGGGUCGGGGGGGCGAGAAUACUAAAUUGUAUACUUAAAUAAAUGUUAAUAUUUA